UGUCCCUUGCCUGCCAGGUGGUGGCCUGCAGAGAUCUGCAACCCUCGUCUGGUGCCAUCAAACAUUCAGAGUCUUCGGCACGAUAUUGGUGACUUCCCGGUUUUCUUCUUUGGUUCCCAUGACUACUACUGGAUCAACCAAGGCCGCGUCUUCCCAUACGUGGAGAAUGACAAGAACUUUGUCACAGGACAGAUCAAUAUUAACAAAACCUUCAAGAAAGCUCUGGAAGAAGCAGCCCGGCGCUUUCAGGAGCUUAAGGCGCAGAGGGAGAGCAGGGAGGCUCUAAAACAGGACCGCAAUUCUCGCAAACCACCACCCUACAAGUUCAUCAAGUCCAACAAGCCUGUGGGGAAAGUUCAGGUGCACGUGGCCGACUUGUCAGAAAUUCAGCGAUGCAACUGCAAGCCAGCAGACGAGCAUCCCUGCAGCCUGGAGUCCCAGUGUCUCAACCGCAUGCUGCAGUACGAGUGUCACCCACAGGUGUGCCCUGCAGGAGACAGCUGUGAGAAUCAGUGUUUCUCCAAACGGCUGUAUGCAGAAACAGAAGUGAUAAAGACGGAAGGGUGUGGCUGGGGCCUCAGGACAAACCAGGCACUGAAGAAGGGUGACUUUGUGGCCGAGUAUGUGGGAGAGGUGAUAGACUCAGAAGAGUGCCAGCAGCGAAUCAAACGUGCCCAUGAAAAUCAUGUGACCAACUUCUACAUGCUCACCCUCACCAAGGAUCGUGUCAUCGACGCUGGCCCAAAAGGAAACUCGUCUCGGUUUAUUAACCACAGCUGCAGCCCAAACUGCGAAACCCAGAAGUGGACGGUAAACGGCGACGUUCGUAUUGGAAUCUUUGCCCUUUGUGACAUCGAGGCUGGCACAGAGCUGACGUUUAACUACAAUCUGCACUGUGUGGGCAACAGGAGAACGUCGUGUCACUGUGGAUCAGACAACUGCUCUGGAUUUCUUGGGGUCCAGCCAUCGAGUGCUGCAGUGACGGAGAAAGAGGAAAAGGCCAGGAAUGCAAAGAUGAAGCAGAAGAAGCGGAAACUGCGGCCGGAGGGCAAACACACACACGAGUACUUUUGCUUCUGCUGAGGAAAAGGAGGAGAGCUGGUGAUGUGUGACAGGAAGGAGUGCCCAAAAGCGUAUCACCUGCUGUGUCUCAACCUCACCAAACCGCCAUACUGGCGGUGGGAAUGCCCGUGGCAUGACUGCAGCGUUUGCAGCAACCCGGCCUCAUCUCUCUGUGACUUCUGCCCUCGCUCCUUCUGCCGGGAUCAUGAGGCGGGGGCGCUCACCACCUCCUCCCUGGACGACCGCCUCUGUUGUUCCAGCCACAACCCGCUCAGUCCCCUGGGGGCCAAAUCCAGCUCCACCCAGCAGCGGCGCUCCGCUCAGAGUCCCGUCAGAGUCAAAGAGGAGCCGGAGUCAGGCCAGCCGGCCACGGAGUGA